UAUUUCGUCGUUAGAAUACUUGAGCACCGGAAACUGGAUGACAUUGAAGAUUCAAGCAAAUGUUGUGGGGACUGGAAUACCAAAAGUCAAUUUUUCCGCCAGUUAUUCGGCCUUUACAGCAAAACCUUGUAAGUUUUCUGCUCAAGAAACAAACUGUAGUACAUUAAAUCGGUGUAUCUAUAAUGAAUUGCUGUGUGACGGAGUCGAUGGAUGUGGAGAUAACACGGACGAAAGUACAGACCCACCAGCAAAUUGCAAUGCAACUACAACUGUGUCAACGCCCAAUACAGGUGCUACGAAUCCUGCUCCUGGACCAGUAGAUAGUGCAACUGAAACAACAGCUACAAUCAGUACAGUGACGUCAUCAACAACGUCACCAGAUACCGUUUUUCCAGAUCUUACCCCACUGGUUGCAAUUUUGGUAAUCGCAGGAGUAUGUUUGUCUGUAUACGUGUUCUACAUAUUAAUGUCGUUCUCCUGGUUCAAUAGUCUCAUAUAUGCUUGUCUCAGAUCAUGUCUUCAAUACGCCUUGCGUCGGCACAGAGAUUACAAACGAAAGAAAAAGUUACCAAAAGCUGGAAAUUUAUCAAAAAUAUAUCCAGAGUCAGUUGCAGAAACAAAGUGAAGACAUCAUAUACCAUGGAAACAAUUUCGAAUAUUUCUUUCAAUAGUGUUUAUGGUUGAAAUGUGAUUACCAUGAGCGAUUUUAAUUUUUGUGCCAAAAUUAAAUGGAAUUUGUUUAUCUAUGUUUGUAUUUCAGUUAUAGUUUGUCAUCUUGCGCAUGAAAGAAUCAUUGUAAUCCUAGAAUUUUUUUUAAAUUAAACCUGUAUUGUUUAUUGCUAGCGUUUGCUUUCUGUUC